CCCACUACAAACCGCGUAGAGAUAAGCCAACGCCACUUCGAACGGUUCGAGUGUACUCACGUAUCAAAAACCUACGGCAUCAAUCUUGCCAUCUCAUCGCACACUACACUACGGGACGGGGUGUACUGACGGUGACGUCGAUGCUGUGAGACGAUUCAUUGGAUCAUUGUGGAGAGCAUUUGUUCAACAUAUUACAUUAAGCCGCCGCGGUGAACAGUUCUGUGAAUUUCGCGUCCACAACCACCAAGAAAUGGACAGUGAGCAAGCUAAUGAGCUGACGCGUUGGCCUUCCGUCGAUCGGGAGACUGUCGAAAAGAUCAAACAGUGGUUAAGCACUCAAGCUCAUCUACCACAACUGCAAGACCAUGAAAUAGCACUAUUUCUGCAUGCCAACUACGGCAAUGAAGAAGCGAGCCAGCGUACGAUCGAGAACUAUUACACGCUGCGUACGAGCCAUCGGGAAUGUUUUACCGAUCGGGAUGUGUAUAACGAUGCGUUACAAACGGCACAGAAAAUCAUGAUGUUCACCAUGUUGCCAGGAGAAACGAAGGAAGGCUAUAAAAUGGUUUACACCCGUUUGCUCAUUUCGGAUACAUCCGAAUUCAAUCACCCACAAAUUCUAAAGUUCAUGACCAUGUGUCUCGAUCUGUGGGUGAAGCUGGAAGGCAAUGCAAAUGGGCACAUUAUGCUAACAGAUAUGCAGGGGAUGCACCUGGGCCACAUGACCAAGCUAAACAUGGGGGCGUCUAAGAAACACAUGUUCUACGUGCAGGAAGCAUUGCCAGUCAGACUCAAGCAAAUUCACUUCAUAAACGUGGUACCGUUCAUGAAUCGAUUAAUGUUUCUUAUGCGUCCGUUUUUGCGCAAGGAUGUGCAGGAUAUGAUCAACUUCCAUGUCGAGAUGGAUACGCUCCACAAGGUGAUACCUGUUGAGAGCUUGCCAAAUGAGUGCGGUGGUACUGCCGGGACGGUCCAGGAGCUUCACGAUUCCUUCAAGAACACACUAUACGGCCACACUGAUUGGUUUCGUAGUGCGGAGUCCCAAAAUUUGGUCGAUGAAGCUAAACGGGUACCACCGCCUAGAAGGUACAUGUUUGGCCUGUUCGGUUAGCGCAGAACGCGUUUUUGUAAGAUAAUGAUGUAAAUUUGAAUCACCUUCGUUAAAUGACACACUCGUAGAGGUAAUAUUAUUGAAUGAACAAUGCAUAAAAAUGCGUUAAUCACACUAAUCGCUAGAAGGUAAUUUUAUACCAAUGACGAAAAUAAAUAACACCCCAAAACAUUACAAUUGAA